AUGUAUCGGCCCGGCCCCAUUGACUUUCGGCAAGGCGGCACCGGACCCGACAGGUCGUUGUGGGCCAUAUCUUCCUUUGCUAUGGAUGAAGUCCUGGAAGAAAAUAAAGGGGUCAGGGUGCGCUACACUGGCUCCGACAACUUCCAGAGAGGUGACUAUGCCAUUGUGAGCUUUCCGGGCGUGCAUGGUAGAGCAUGGACGCGAUUGACGCAGCCGAAUCUUCAAUUCUUCAAGACCAGUUGUGUUUUUCUCCCUGACAAAACAGCCGAUGGCUUUGGCGACCAUGUGCCAGACCCAGACUGCAAGGGAAAGUGCUACUGCUGGCGCCUUUAUGAAGGAAAAAAGGAUUUUGGUUGCAAAUGGUUUGAUUUAUGGAUGAAGAAGACAGAGGAAGCAAUCCAAGCCGGCUGCAAGAUCCUCGUGGUAGAGAAAGCUCGUGGUGGCCUCGGCGACUCACAGGCGGGUGAGGUUCAAUUCCUCAAAGACCAGAGGGUCAAGUUUGACACGGUCAACUUGCGUGAGCUCCUGCCCGGAAAGACUGCAUUUGCGCAUGACAUGUGCAAAGAGACCGGCAUCGUCCUCCACAACACUGAGCACUUCAAGCUGAACCUGUUCUACCACUUCCAGAAGGACGGAGGCAUUGUGCUGGAAGAGUGCCAGCUGAAGAUGGAGUUGCCUGAUAUUUCUGGGUGGAUGCUGGAGUGGCUGUCGGUGAAUGAAAUCCGACGUCUCCGCGAGACCUCCGGGACAAUUCUGAGCAACCAGGCCUUGCUUCAGCACGUCCUGGACAUUGCCAGCUGGAACAGGCCUUCUUCGGCCCUUGUCUUCGAAAGGGCCAAGAGACACUCUGCACCACCAGCUACUUCCCGCUGGUGGUUGUUAGACCUGAUGGGCAAGAAGAUCUUCCACUGUCAACGCUGGCUUCUCGCGCUGGCCAGCCACUCAGACACGUACCUCCCGGAGGUUCUGACGAAGAUGCAGUCGUUAAUACCGGCAAUUGCAUGCACUGCCGCGAUCCCGAUAUGGCCGUGUGGAUUGCGGGCCACUCAAAUUUGGAGUCCUUCGCGCGCAAGAACGUCACAUACAUCCAUGGCGUAA